AUUACUUCCUACAUUACAUCUCCAAUAGCAACGAACAAAACGCUUUACGGCUGACCGCAAACGCCAGUUCCUGACGUAAAGUCUUGUGAAGAGCUUUUACUUGGGCUCAGGUAACAUUUGAAAGAUGCCAGAAUCAAGCACAAAGAACCACAACGAAGGUGGCGCAGAUCCACCACAGCUUUCAUCCCUCAGGACAAGAAAAAGGCCAUCUGACGAUCGUUCCUCUACAGAUGUUGACCAUACUAUUCAACAGGUAUCUAUUGUCAUUUCUGUGCAAGAUCAGAAAGUGGCACAAUCCUCUCUGACCAAACUAGAUGACAUUUCUGAUGAAAACGUUGACCAGUCAGAGCCGAAUGAUCCUGUUAAAAAGGAACAAGAGAAAACAGUCACACAUCCCAUCAGUGAUUCUCAACUAGAGAUGUCUCCUGUAAGGGAUGAUACCAUGAGUGGAAAGGACGAGGAUGAAGAUCAAAUGACAGAGAAAUGUGACCAAAUAUUGUCUCAAACAGAGCAAAACCAGGUCUUUCCGUUGACCUCCAAAGACUCAGGUCAGUUAUGUUCAACUGCUUUAGAAGAUCAGCAGAGAACAAGUAAUGGCCUUCAGUGUAAUUUAGUAAGAAACCAAAAGGUGAGCCUUGGUGCACAGAGCAAUGAGAGUAUGGGUGACAGCAAAGAGGACAAAACUGAUAGAGUGACGGAGGAGCCAACCAAAAAAAGGAAAAGGAUGGGUAUGUGUGGUCUGACAGAAAAGGAGCGAAGUCAUUUUUUACAGAUGACUAAGACUGUAAAUGGACAGAACAGCAGACAGAAAGUUGAACGGCAGACAUCCACAAACAAAGUUGACAUUGAAUCAUCUCUCCUACCACCAUCACUGCUUUCAACUCCGGUGACCAUCCCUGCAGAACUGAGGAAAGAAGAGGUACUGCACAACAGUCAGGAUAGUGCAGUGGACAGGCCGGUUACAGAGCUCCACAUUCCUGACGUUCCCUGUAAUGGGUGUGACAUUGUGUGCAAGUCAAGUAGUUUGGACGGCGAAAGACAUGUCUGCAAAGAGGGCUCAGUUCUUGCUCCGGAUCCAACCGUGGACACCGAAUCAGCUCCACCUGCAAUGGGAAAGGAACAUCAUUUGGAGAAACCAAAUCCCCAAGAAGUGGACUGUGAAUCAUUCAGUCUAACUUCUAGCGAUGAGGAGGUGCAGUGUGUUUCUGUAGGAACUGAUGAGAAGAUGCAUGAUCUGCAUGGUGAUGUUAUGGACUGUGAGGAAGACAAAGCAGAUGCGUUGUCUGUUAACACCCAAGAAGAAGACUGUCAUGUCAAACUCUGUGAAGUCAUCCCCUCUGGCGGCUCAGAGACGAAUAACAUGCUUGGUCAUGAUGAUGACCAUUGCCCUGGUGCUGUGAACACAAAGCAGCCGCAAACCAUAAACUCCAGUGACUCUCUUGGAUCUGGGUGCUUCGAUUUUGUCUCAGACUCGCAGCUCAACAACAUCGAGUUGAUUGACGGCCAGGCAAUAAUGGAGAAAAUUGUUAAACCCUCAAGCCAUGAAGAAGAUGCCUCUCCAUUGAUUUGUGGGCUCAUUAAGGAACUCUCCUUUUUAAAGUUUGUCAAUUUACCAUUCCAUUUUUCUGUGUUGUAUACAUUCGUGGAAAAUUUUAGAUGUAUUCUCUUCCAGUCGAACAAUUAUGGCUGCUCAUCGAGAGAUUGAGAACAUGCGGCGUGGCAGCAAGAACACAAGGAGUUUACCUCGUUGAGAAGCAAUCCAACUGAGUUCUUAAGUUAAGGUCAAUGUAAACGUUGGAUCUAUGUUAAACAAUUUAACCAUUAAGUUCACUUAGUGUUAAAAAAUUACAUUUUGACAUUCACCUUUUUCGCUUUCCUGUUAAUUUGUUGCAAAGUGGGACUGUUUUUUCCAAUUAUAUUAAUUUCUGAUUCAUGAUGUAAGGUAGUUAUUUUCCAACAGAACCAAACGAUCAAACACCAAAAGUGUUGGUUUUCACAACACACCAUUUUUUAUUUGAAUACAAACAAAAGGCGAUCCGACUGAGUUCUUAAGUUGAAGGUCAAUGUAAACAUUGGAUCUGUCACGCAAUUUAACCAUUAAGUUUAGUCUUUAAAAAAUUACAUUUUGAUGUUCACUUUUCUGCUUUUCUGUUAAUUUGUUGCAAAGUAAAACUGUUUUUUCCAAAUUA